AUGGCCCGAAGGGCUGCUCGCUCAGUGAGCAGGAAAAACAAACCUCUCUCACCGCCCAAACCUUCUACAUCGGCCGUUUUCGUGGACGCAUCGAAUCAAAACAAACGAUCGACGAGGUCAGCAACUCGCGAGGUUCCCGCCACCCAGCACCAGGUACAAAACAUUAGCCAUGUUUUGGGCCAAAUCGACGAGGCGUCUACAUCUCAGCAAGCGGAUGAUUCAGGCCUCGAUAUUUCUCCGUCUCGGUCAUCCAUUUCAUCGGGCUCCCUUCUCCAGGACGAGUUGGACAGUCUCAAUCGAGAUGAACUUGUCGAGUACAUCGGGGAUUUGCACGGUGACGCAGCCGCCUUGCUCUCUCUCUUCCAGGUAGCUGAUGACGAGACUCUUCGAAUGUUCUGCGCAAAACUGUCAGAACCAGAAUCUCUACAGCGUCACCGCUUUCAGACUCGAGGAAGAAGGUUCUUGAUUGUACGUGAAUUUUACGGGAACCUAGACUUCAUCAAGGUGGACAUCGUGGUCCGCAAAUUGGCCGGCACAAUCGCACUCGGACACAUAAAUGCAGGUCCCUGGCGACCAGAUCCUAUUCUCUAUCUCGCAAAUCUGGCUGUUCAGAUGAUGGCGGUAUUUAGCACCUCCUCUUUUGACCAACACACGUACCUUCAAUUCAUGUUCAACAAUUUUCCCAAACCCUUUGCCGGUCGAGAUUUAUUUCUCAUUGGGCCUGGAAUGUCGGAGAGAACCGUUGACAUAUACAUCGAUAUCCUCACGCAGUUUUAUAUCCGGGAAGUUGAGGCAAACAAACAUCAACUGUCUUUUGACCCCGAUUUUCUCGUUAGGAAGAUAUUCCUGGACGAGGACAAUCAAUUGAGACGUUUCGAGCACAAUUCAAGACGGAAAAAAGCCAUGGAGCGAGUCAAAACGAUAAGAAAGCACGUCGGACAAGAUGCACGAGCACCAAUUGACUUGGAUGCUCUGAAACACCAAUUUCCUUGGUCGGAUUUUGCCUUGAAAGUGGUGAAAUGGUCCAUGGCUCGAAAACAAGAGCUGGACGGUAUCAUCGAUUCGAAGGGCGGGAUAGGCCACAUCAAGGAUCUCCUCGCGGGAGACUUGGGGGAUGAUGGGACGUCUGCCGAGGAACCGUUUCAUGGACCAGGACCACGUGCUGAUAUUACUCGGAGACCACCAGCCGUGACGGCCAACGAGGAAGCAACACGAUCGGGGAAGAAAGGAAAACCGGGCCCGUUGAGAGGAAAAGCCCUCUCGGCCAACAUGGAAAGACUCAGGUUACAACGAGAACAUUAUGCUGCUCAGCCCUCUGGCGCAGAGAGCGAUGCAAUUACCGAAAUCACACAAGAUUCAGUUCACGAAAUUCCUCAGUCCCCCACCCCCGUGAACGAUGAUGACGGUGGGCCAGCGGACGAAGACGGCAUGGACGAAUCUGUGGCGAACUCUGUGGAACAAGCGGACGACGAGGAGGAACUUGUUCCAACCCAACAGACGCUCAUCGUCCUCAACACCAUCAAACGACGUGAAGAACAGAGCGAGAAAGAAAACCGGAAGCAGACGGCCAAAAAAGUGUCUUAUAUGGACCCACAAGAGGAUGCCGUGCAAGUACAGUUCAACACGCCUUCAGACAGCGAACCGGAUCCCUCCGGGCGCCCGGGCAAACAUCCAAGACAGGAACCUGAGGGAUCUGACGAUGAAGACGAUUUCGAAACCGAUACACGAGCUGCGAAGAGGCCUCGUCAUGGUGCUGAAGGUAGCAGGCAACGAUCACUCGCCACUCGAAACACGGCGAGAAGCCACAGUGGUGUUGAAGAUGGUCCUCAUGAGGAAGACGACGAGGACGCGGAGAUACCAGCUGAAUCACCAGUCAUCACUCCAAGACGAGGAAACCGGCCGCCACAAUCCACCCAAGCAUCAUCGUCACACUCACCUAAACGGCCAUUACUUCACUCUGAGCUUUCCAGAGAAUCCGAACCACCUCGAGCAAGCACCCAACAACCAACCACGCGCGAACCACUUCGACCCGUAUCUCUUUCUCGGCUUCCUCAUUCAACCGCACCUGCCCGCUUACGGGAAGACAGUACCAUUUCCCCUCCUCCUCGGCCCGCCCACCAGGAACCACCACUCUCCCAAGUUUCGCGCGUGAAUCAAGAAGCCAAACUCGCAGCGCGGCUUUCGCGAGAAACAUACCAGGGACGAGGCGUUCAAGUUCGCAAACCUUACACCGAAGCUGAAGUCGACCGAUUGAUGGAGAUGAUUGAAUUGCACGGAACGAAAUGGGCAAGAAUAUUGGAUGAGGACAAAGCGCAUGGGGACGGCCCCUUGUUGCAAAAUAGGAGCCAGGUCCAAUUGAAGGACAAGGCGCGGAAUAUCAAGUUGGACUAUUUGAAAGCCCGUCGUCGUCUCCCCCCGGGGUUCGAGUCCGUGAGUAUUGGGGGAAGACAAAUCGAAAUCCUACGAGGUCUCGGCAUCGACUAUGUCGAAGGACGAUUUACAGGCAACGACAUUAAUGCGCAGAUGAGAGACGAUGAUGACUUUGGUUAA